UUUUCCCUUUUUUUCUAAAACAAGAUUUCGUUUGAAUGAGAUGAACUCGAUUGUUGUUGGAACAAACAAAACAAAAAAUGUGCUCACUUAACCUUAAAAAUAAAAAAAUUAAAUAAAAAAGAAACAGAAUCCACCCUGUUUUCUUCUCAUUGUUGUAAGUUGUAACUUGAUCUCAAAUUCUCAAUUCACAUCUCUCUCUUCAUUGUGUCAUGGCAUUUCUUGAGAUUGAAUUUUCUAACAAGACCCCACCCACUUGGGUGUUAUGAUAACUUGGAACCUUUUGCACGCAAGAAUAAGCUUUACACACACAAUCCUGCUAUUAUUUUUCCUUCAUUUUUUCGUGCUGGGCAAGGAAAUUGUAUCUGGGUACCCUGAAUAUUCAAGCUUUGAUAUGGGUUACCUCAACUCAGUUUUGUCCUCUUCAAGCCAGGUUCAUGCUGCUGAAGAUUCACCCGUUAGCGGUGGAGGCCUCAGUCAGAAUGGCAAAUUCAGCUAUGGGUAUGCUAGCUCCCCUGGCAAGAGAUCCUCAAUGGAAGAUUUUUAUGAGACAAGAAUUGAUGGUGUUGAGGGUGAAGUUGUUGGCCUUUUUGGAGUUUUUGAUGGUCACGGUGGUGCUCGUGCUGCUGAGUAUGUCAAGCAAAACCUAUUUAGUAAUUUGAUCAGUCACCCAAAGUUUAUUUCUGACACCAAAUCUGCAAUAGCUGAUGCGUAUAACCAUACGGACUCUGAAUUUCUGAAGUCAGAAAAUAAUCAAAACAGAGAUGCUGGAUCAACUGCUUCCACUGCCAUUCUUGUUGGUGACCGUUUGCUUGUUGCAAAUGUUGGAGACUCCAGAGCUGUUAUAUGCAGGGGCGGAAAUGCCAUUGCCGUCUCUCGAGAUCACAAACCAGAUCAAACUGAUGAGAGGCAAAGGAUAGAAGAUGCUGGGGGCUUUGUUAUGUGGGCUGGAACUUGGAGAGUUGGUGGUGUUCUUGCUGUUUCUCGUGCAUUUGGUGAUAGACUCCUGAAACAGUAUGUUGUUGCUGAUCCAGAAAUUCAGGAAGAAAAAGUGGACGGAUCUCUUGAGUUUCUUAUUUUGGCCAGUGAUGGGCUAUGGGAUGUUGUCUCAAAUGAGGAAGCUGUGGCUAUGAUUAAACCAAUUGAGGAUGCCGAGGAGGCAGCAAAGAGGCUGAUGCAAGAAGCAUAUCAGAGAGGUAGUUCUGACAACAUUACUUGUGUUGUUGUUCGCUUCGUGGUGAACCAAGGCGCUUCAUCUCGCAGUACCUCUAGCUAAGUUUCCUUCAAUAGAAAGGUAGUGCACAACUGGUUAUGGAUCACUGGAUCAAAAAAAUGUGGCAAAGUCAGUUAAUGAUUGGUCAUAGGCGUUCCUUGUAGCUGUGUACCAUGCAAGAAGAAUAGAAAUCAAAAUUUAAACUCAUUGUGGUCCUCUAGCAUAGAGCUUGCUCAUCACCAUCAUCUCACUUCCAUAAUUUGUAGCUAGGAAAAAUCGUUGUGUAAGAAGUGUGGCCAGAGUUUUAAUUUGCACACUUGGUGGAUGUAAAUGUGGUUUUAAUCUUAUUAAUCUCCAAUUGUAACUUUUACACUCGUUUGUUCUAUACAUGAAUUAUGGCUUUUAUCAAGUGUAAUACUAUAAACUACUAUACAAUGAUUUUUAUUGUGAAAA